AUGGAUAACACGUUCAAUUACGAAUCAUACUAUAUUUCAAUGUAUGUUAAUUCUAAUCCUAUCAAACCUAUAUCUGAUCAAUAUACCCGGAAAGAAGUCAAAAGGCAUCGUGACAACUUCCAUCAUUCUAUUGUAAGGUUUCUUGAAUAUUGUAAUUCUAAUGGAGAAAUCAUGUUAAAGAUCACAAAUAUUUGCGAACGAUUUGGAUUCCAGAGGAGAAGAUUCUAUGACCUCGCUACAAUUUUACAAGCCUUUGGAAUUCUCCAAAAAGAAAACCUUGAUAUGGUGAAAUGGGUUGGAAUGGGCCAAAUUAUACCAACUCUUGAAAAGGUUAUUCACGAACGAGGCAUUGGCACCGCCGAUUCGUCAAACAUUUCAACGAUCUUUCCUUCAGUUCAAAAGUUAUUGAUGAGUUCUAUCGCUGUUGACUUCACCCUUCUAUUUAUCACGCAAAGAAGGCAGAAACUCAAUAUCCAGGAAACUGCCUCGUUCUUUGCCAGAGAUAAUGGUCGUUUCAAGUCAACCUUAUGCAAACUUUAUCAAAUUGUUUAUAUUUUGAUAGAGUUAGGUAUUGUUGAGAGGAGAAACACUCCAAAUGAAGUUUACCUUGCCGAUAGGUACUUCAAUUAUUUUUGCAACCAGCCAGUUAAACAACCGUUUCCGAUUCCAAUUACAGUCCAGAAAGUUGCGUCAUUCCCCAUCCCUUAUUUAUCCAGAUCUAAUGAUCCAUUUGAUUCGAUAUUUUGUAUCGAGUCUUCUUACGGGAUUGAUAUUGAUCCCGAUUUUAUUCUUAGUGAGUAA